UUAAAUAAAAGACAAGAGACAAGAAGGGAAAGCGGCGAGCGAAGAAGCCGCUGGUUGCGCUUCUCUCCUAAUCUUUUAUAUCUUGGAAAUUCCUUGACAAAAUUCCGCGCCACGACCGACUGAUUAUUUGGAAAACCCGCAAAAUCUCAGCAGACAGCCGAAAGGAGAAAUCCCCUACGCGAUCCUGCCAGGAAAUAUCGCAGUACCAACAGUAAGCACAAAAUGGCUCGCAUAAAGAGACAUCGAAACGCGAGAAGUCGCCGAGGAAUGAAGCGCCAUUAUCGCAAGCCGAACAUUCCGGAGCUGGUCUACAAGUUUCUCGUCGCGGAGGAGGCUGCUCGUGACGUGGGACGCGCUCCUGAGACAAAGUGUCGUCGCUGCGGUGAAGAAGUCGUAGAUUCCGCGGAUUCCCCGCGCACCGCCGACAGGAAUAUGGGUUACAAAGCCCGUAAGAAUAGCGGUAGGGUCUCAAAGACUCGCGGCAUCAAACGACGUACCACGUCGAGGGAUUUGCCGGUCACGUAUUUACAAAAAUGCGUAGGCGGCGAAGAAACGAGAAAAGCGAGGAAAUAUAUAAAGAAGGCGUUAGACUUUGGUGUCGAGUCCGGCUACCUUAUUCCUUCUGAUCCCACUUACAAAGUCCUACGCGUGUCGUCGAAUCUGAUGAGAAGUGAUUCGCGGAGGAACAGGAUAAGCGCGUGCGAUAAAACCGUAUCUCAGGAGCAAGACAAGAGCCUGCGCAACACCCCGUCCAGGCUCGACGACCUGCAAGUGCAGGAACAAAGGAGGAGAGGACGUAGGAGGCGAAGGCGAGGACGAAGAUCGAGAAGUGUCUCGCGCCGUAGAGUCAGCAGGAGGGGGAGGGGGAGGGGGAGGAGGAGGAGGAGGAGGAGCAGGAGGACCAGGAGCAGGAGUAGGUCACGCACAAGGCAUAGCAGCCCGCAGAAUCCCGAGGAGGUUGCCGAGGACGAUGUGGACGAUUACGAGAUAGAUGAGAACGAUCCAAAGAGCAAUAUUCACAGCGACGACGUAGAAAAGGAACCGAAGACAGCGCGUUCAAACCCGCCUGACGAGGAACAAUCCACGAAGAAAGCUGAGAGGAAUAUCUCGGACUUAUCCGUCGACGAGGACGAGACCGACGACGAGGAGGAAGAGAAGAAGACGACCAGCGUGACCAAAUUGUAGCUUUUCACAAAUCUGUCAGCGACAGUCCGCGAGAAUCUCCUGUGAUAUAGCAACGUUCUUUCUCUCCCCAUUUGAUAUUACGAUUUAAAGCCGUAUUAAUAGACAUUAUUUGAAACUUCUCAGAUCAGAUACUCAGAUUUGUAUAUGAAACUAAAUGUAAAUUUUUCAGCUAAAUCGCGAUUACAAAUACAAUGUCGCAUAUAUUGUGUGAUUCAAGUAGUAAACUCAAAUGUAACUUUAAAGUCAUCGGAGUAUCUCACUUUAGGACAAAUUUCAAGUAAUAACUAUUAAUAUGAGCCUUAGUGAGCGUCUUCUACAAUGCAAUUUGGCUUUGUAUAGAAUCGCUCGAUUCGUUUACACAUAUUUUGAUACAUCUAUUUUAUACAAACUCACGUGUGUACGAUGUGAUAUAUGUGGUCAUGGUCUCCGUGUGCAUCUGAUAACUGUAUACACAUUCUGGCAAUAAAACAACGGCAUUAAGCGACCUUUCAAAAGGGCAACUAUCAUUCGUCGUGUCCUGAGCCGCGCGCGCCAAACUUUUCUUUACAAUCUAUCGAGAAUAUAUGAACGUACACAGAGAGGACGAUUUG